UACAAUUCCCAGAAAUCUUCACGGCGCAUGCGUGGCUUGCCCAGCCCCUGGGCAGGAGUGACGUUGUAGCUCUGUGGCCACUUCUGACCUGCUGGAUCUGCCCAGUGUCCCGUAGGGAAGAGCCGGAGGAGGUGCGUCCGUCGUUCCGUCCGUCAGAUUAGGCUCCCACCUUGAGAGUUUCGUGGCCUGUUGAGUUACCCGAAGGUGAAAGGAUGGCAUUUGUGAAGAGUGGUUGGUUGCUUCGACAAAGCACAAUUUUGAAGCGGUGGAAAAAAAACUGGUUUGAUCUGUGGUCAGAUGGCCACCUAAUCUAUUAUGAUGACCAGACCAGGCAGAGUGUAGAAGAUAAGAUUCACAUGCUGGUGGACUGCAUCAACAUCCGAAUGGGAAAUGAAUGCCGCGAUUUUCAUCCACCUGAAGGCAAGCCAAGAGACCGUAUACUGCAGAUUGUUUGCCGAGAUGGAAAAACUAUCAAUCUUUGUGCCGAAAGUGAAGAUGAUUGCUUGGCCUGGAAAUUUGCACUCCAGGAUGCCAGGACAAAUACUGCCUAUGUUGGCUCGGAAGUGAUGUAUGAUGAGACUGCUGUUGCUUCAUCUCCACCUCCUUAUACAGCUUAUGCCACGCCAUCUCCUGAGGUGUUUGGCUAUGGUCAGUAUAAUGGAGUGUACCCUCCAGGAACUCAAGUUAUUUAUGCUGCUAAUGGGCAGGCUUAUGCAGUACCAUACCAAUAUCCAUAUCCAGGACCUUAUGGACAGCAGCCUGCCAACCAUGUCAUCAUCAGGGAGCGUUACCGGGACAAUGAUGGAGACCUGGCUCUGGGCAUGCUGGCUGGAGCAGCCACUGGCAUGGCCUUGGGAUCUUUGUUCUGGGUCUUCUAAGUUUCUUUAUAUCUUUGUAUUUGUAGCCUCCAAAACCUGUAUUUAUUUUCUGUGUGUGAUAAUAUAUUUUGCAAGGUAUUCCUGUUUUACUGUAAAGAUUUUUAAUGACAGUUAAAAUAGUACUUUUAAAAUAGUGACAUCUUAAUUAUAAUUAGUCAGUAUAAAUUUCACAAGGCAGGAUAGUAAGUAUGCUCUUCAGUUGAAAUAUAAAGGGGAUACUUGAUCAUUUCAAGUUCUUUUAUGGAACUUAGUUGUAUAAGAAGGAUUUAUGAGCUCAUUCAUUUUGAAGAAUAUUAUUGUUGCAGUGUUAAAUGCAGAGCAUAAGAGAUAUAGCUUUGUCAUCUAUAUUAGAAGUAUGCUGCUCAAAUAAUGACCCCUGAAUAGAUAAUUAUUUCUGGCAGGGAAAAACCAAAUUAAUCCAACUGCUAAUUCUCAACUUAAGAAUUAACCAGUGAACAGCCUGGGUGUUGCUGUUUGGCAUGGCAGGAUGGUAAACUAUGCACGAUAAAGCAAUAUAGACUUUUUGCACUACAUACUCCAAAGAAUAGUCUCCAAGGCAGUGGUGACAUUUCAUAUACCUCUGUGGUUGGCUCUAUCAUUAUCCCGUGGUGCUCUACUGGUGGACUAUUUUCUGUCUUUUGAGUAGAUUUAUUGAAUCUUAGGGAUAGGAAUUAUAAGAUUCUUGUAAAGAGCUCCCAGUCAGGACAAACUCUUGUAAACAGGGCUAGAAACCUGCAAUUCUCUGACAUAAACCAUAGAAAUUUAUAAAAUCAAUUCAGAAGCUGAGGUGAUAGGGUUUUUUUUUUUUUUUUUUUUUUUUUGUUUCUUUGAAAGUUGGUGGUAUCCAUUCAUUUAAAAAAUGACAGACAUGGCUUUUACCUUCUAAACUUCUUUUUAGCAUAAGAAAAUAUAUUCAAAGUUAUUGAGUUCAUUUUUCUGUUGUAUAGUCUGAGUCAUCCCCUCUCUUCUCACUAUGUUUUGAAAAAAUGAAUAUAUUGACAGCUUACAGGUAGUGCUUUUGGUUUUAUUUGACUGCCCUGCUACAGAAUAUUCUUUUAAGGUGGAGCAGACUGAAUGGUAAAAGUAAGGCAAAAGAAUUAAGAUUAAACUCAGGAUUAUUAGUGUGAUUGUUGAGUUCUUGAUCAUUUUAUAGAAUGUAGGUAAGGUGGAAGGAGGAGGCUAAUGGGAAGAACUUAUGACAGGAGAAAAUGAUUGUAGAAAUUAGGAAAGAGUGCUCCUGAGCACAUGUAUCCUGUUGUAGAUCUGUAGAUCAGUAAAUAGAUAGCUGAUUUAGUCUUAUUUCAUGUGACAUUCCACUAAAAAUUUUAUUUUUGCCAACAAUCUUUUAACAUACUUUGAAAAUAUGUGUAUGCUUUCAUCCCAUUUUAAUUUUUGUAAUAAAACUCCUCAUCCUCAUGAACUAGAUAUAAUCCUUUUUCAUGGACCAUUUGAUAAAAUCUGCUUUCCUUUACUUGAAAAACCAAAGUGUUUAUUCUCCAAAUCUAUACUUAGUUGAAGCUGAGAAAACAGUAGGAAGGAAAGAAACAUCCAAGGAAAUGAAUUGUAUAUUGUUAGUGAACAGUCAUUCCAGAAUUUGUAAUGGUAAGAUUACCUCAUGUGUAGAUUGUAUGUGUUUUUCAGUUUCUUGUGUUAUUUGUAGGUUAGGUAUUUUUGAUGCUUCCUAAACUUUUUUUUAUUGUAAUUUACUUAAAAAUCACUAGUUAAUAAAGUUGUAUUUAAGGAGUCAGGGAAAUAGGAUGAGAGCCAUGGUUGCAAUAUUAAAAUAAUUCAAGAUUGUCUUAGGUAUUUUUUAAAAGGUUGUACUUUGCAAAUAAUGCUAUUAGCCAUCUUUCUGAAAGAUAUAAAAAGUUGAUGAUUGCACUGUUAUGACUAAGUAUAGUUAAAGAAGUUUAGAUAGCUUUAACUAUAUUCUAUUUGACCAAGUAGACUGGCACAUUUGUUUUCAUUAAUUUUCUCUCAAAGCUUAUAAUUUAUGGUUGUAGUAACAUGCUUCUUUAGAACCCAGCUAGUGAAAUUAUGUAAGAAUAAAACAACCAAAAUCUAAAAGGUAAACCCAAACACAUCAGGCAGCUAACAUCAUACAAUUAUUUGAUUAUUAUUUAAUUCAUUAAAGAAAUAUUUAUGGAAUGCCUGCCACAUGCAGGACAAAUGAUGUGUGAUUUUUUUUUUAAUCUAUAUUUUAGUUUGAAAUUUUCCUGUCAUGGUAUAGUGAUAAUAAUUCCCUUGAAGUCCUUUUUUUGUGAUACAAAUUCAGUUUUGUAUUUUGGAUGACUAUUGUAUAUCAUUUUUCUCAACCAAUUAACUAGUUCUAUGUCUGAUGAAGCAAAAAUCCAUGUCAAAUUGAAGGCCAAACCAACUUUAUAAUGAAUCUUUGGAUUCUUGGCAAUUUCUGUAGCCCCCUCUUUUUUUUGAACUGGAGAUGUCUGUGUCAGCAGACAGUAUAUGUACAUGAGUGCCAUCUCACUUGAUAUUUGACAGUUGGGGGAAAAAAUCACAUAAGGUCUGACUACAAUCAAUUUAUUCUUUGAAAUCAUUGCUGUUAAGACUUUGAAUUUUAUGUAAUAAUAUUAAAUUAAUGAUUUAGACAAGGUAGUUUAUGUGAAUCUUCUAAAGCGCUGUGAAUUGAAGGGAUAUAUUUGCAAUAAAACUGCUUUAAUAUUGCACUGGGUUGUUAAUAUGACUCAAGGAAAGCACCAUGUCACUGGUUCGUUGUCUGCAUUCUAGGGCUAAAAUAUCUGUAAAUACACACUCUAAUCUUUUGGCAGUUCUCAUUAUCCAGGGACCAAAGGGAGUAUUUUGUUUCCCUGACUCCAUUUGGGCUUGGAUUGGGAUCUCCAUCAUCUGAUAUGGAGUCAUUAUUAUGCUUUAGUCGGUAGGACCUUUAGAAGAGCCAGGUCUUUGGAUGAGCUUCUCCAAAACUGUGCCUUUUGCGCAUGUUUUCCCUUAUCUUUGUGUAACUACUUGCAUUUAUGGUCACCAAAUUUUAGAGGAUGGUACAAGAAAGUAGCCUAUUACAAUCUUUUUACACAAUGGAAUACCCAGAAAGGGUAAAGAAAAUGAUUUGUCUGAGAUAAUUAGCUGAUGGCUCAAUAGUGGUUAAGAACUCAAAUUUCCUGAUUCCCAAGGCAGUGCAUUUUUCUAUAAGCUAGCUACAGCUAGGUAGAGUUGUUAGUGAUUUUACCUUGAGAUGAAACAAAUACAGUACAUUGGGCAGUUUCUAAAAUCUUAUCCUUAUUACUUAUAAUCAUUGUUUUUGACUGAUUCCCUUUCUAAAUAGUGUUUUGAAUAAAUAAUCCUAACUAAAGAAAUUGCCAAACUAAGGGGCUUUUUUGGUUUGUAUAUCUGGCAAGGUUUAUUGUCUUUUACCUUCCAUUUGCAUUUUUUCUUUUUUUAGGAAUUUAGUCUACCUAGGGGAAAAAAAAAACAAAAACUGACCACCUACGUUUUAUAUGUGUUCUUUCUGAUGGCUCUAAUCAAAAGAUUCCUUGGUUGGUGUCAAGAUUAUAGGUCAGGUAUGAUAGACUUGAAUUGAGUAAGAUAAAGGAAAAGUGUUUUUGGCCUCCAUGCAGCUUUCCCCUCAGAACUCAGGGGAAAUGGACUAGAAGUAAAAAUAUGGCUUUCCCAAACCAAGAUAUCUGUCUUCUUAGAGAGAGACCACAGUAUAAGUAUAAGGCAACUGUCUAGUUAAUAAAGGGCAGAAUACUAGUUUUUGAGAUGUGCUGCAAGUGAUGCAAAUUUCCUAUCUUUGUUAUUUUGGACAAUCUCUUCACAGCUGUUGCAGACACUGUUUAGAAAGCAUUGAAAUCUCUUUGCCUGAGAUUUUUUUUUCCUGUGGUUGCCAUCUUUCCUCUACCAUCUUAUUUCUAACUGUUAUGCCUGUGAAACCUCUUCUUCUAUGCAGAAUGUGUUUAUGUAGAUAGUGAAAAAUGUUAAUAAAAUGAGUGUUGAACUGCA